UUCCUAAAGACUUCCGUAAAGCUAAAACAACCACAUGCAUUGUUGAGAUAAGACUCCAACAUACUAUAGUGACAGUCAGAAAGUGAACUUCAAGUGGUUUACGCAAUGUUCUUUAAGACCGUGCAUAUUGGAGUUCUUUUAAUCUUCUAUUUAGCAUCAGUCCAGUCCCAAUCGUGCUCGGGGAAACGGUGUGGCGACUGCUUGAUUUUCGAGGGAUGUGCCUGGUGCAAAGACCCGGAAUAUUCCUUCAAUCGUUGUGCAACAGAGAGCCAAACAACUAGUAAUGGAUGUAGACAGGUUGUCAGGAGGGGCUCCCACGGGGUGCAGAUCAUCAGGAAUAAUGAGUUCUCAGAUGGUGGACCAGGAAUGGAGCCAGUACAAAUAAAACCUCAACGGGUGAAGAUAAAGCUGGUACCAAACAUCCUGUUUCGUAAUCUCCAGGUCUUCUACAAGAUUGCAAGGAACUUUCCGCUCGACCUUUACUUCCUGAAUGAUCCGUCGUAUACAAUGAAAGCAUUAAUAGCGAGACUCAAUGCACUCGCUUACGACAUAGCUGAUGAAAUAGCCAAACUCACAACCGAUUUCAGAUUUGGACUUGGGACAGCAAUGGAUAAAGUUAUAUGGCCAUUUACCCGUGUAGACCCUUUAUUUCUAGCCUAUCCCUGCGGCUCCCCAUCCAUCCAGUGCGACAAACCAUACUCCUUCCUCCAUCGACAAUCCUUGACCAGUAACAUAACGAAGUUCAAGUCGACCUUGUUAGCUGUUGAGAACGCUGUUAAUGACGUAAAUACUACUGCCAAUCAAGAUAUUACAGAAGGGCUGUUUGAUGGACUGAUGCAAGUAAUGGUUUGUGGGGAUAGAAUAGGGUGGAGGAAAAAGGCCAGACGGAUGGUGAUCUACGCCACAGACAUAAACUUCCACCAGUCGGGGGACGGCAGGUUUGCAAAUAUUUUGGAACCAAAUGAUGGUCUAUGUCAUCUGAAUGAUGCUGGCAAAUAUACAAUGGCUGAAAUUCAAGAUUAUCCGUCAGUCGGACAAAUCGUACAAAAAGCACGUGAAAACAACAUCAACAUAAUCUUCGUUAUUGGAGGAAAUGACAAUACUGCUGUUCGGAGUUUGUUUUAUGAUAGUCUGGCCGCCAUUUUACCUGGAGGAAUCAAUAAUGCUUCCGCUCUCUCCCCGGACGCCUCCGAUAUUCUGAGUAUUGUUGGAAACAACUACAGGCGUCUUCGUGAAACUGUUAAAAUCGUCACGAGUGGGGUUCCAGAGGAGCUGAUCAUGGGGCUGUAUUCUAACUGUAAAACAGGAGGACGUACACUCGAUAGGACCGACACAUGCACAGGCCUGACCAUUGACAAAUGGGCGAAUUUUACAGUGUAUCUAGUAUCCAAUUUGACAGUUUGUCCUGAGAAAAGGGACUUUAUCUUCACCCUUUUUCCUGAGGGUCUGGAGGAAAGAGUUGAAAUAGAAGUGGAGCAUGUCUGUGAAUGUAAAUGUCAACUGGAACCGGAAGCGGAACCAAACAGUACUAAAUGUAAUAAUCAAGGGACGUACGAGUGUGGCGUUUGUCAUUGUAAUGUCGGAUGGUCGGGGGACACAUGCGAAUGCGACGAAAGAGGAACGGAAGCGGAGGCCUGCGGCACGGAUUCAGGAAUAUGCAACAAUGCCGGAAACUGCACCUGCGGAAGAUGUGAGUGUUUUGACGGAUACAGUGGGGACCGAUGUGAAUGCAAUGACCUGGAUUGCCCUUCAGAUAAUGGGCUGUUAUGUGGAGGUCCGGACCACGGACAAUGUUCCUGUGGAGCUAGCUCUAGCGUAUUGUGUAUUUGUAAAGGUCCGGACCACGGACAAUGUUCCUGUGGAGCUUGUGUCUGUAACUCCACGUACACGGGGGAGGUCUGUGAUUGUUCCACGUCUGCCGACUCCUGCAGAGAUAAUAAUGGGACUAUAUGUACCGGUAAUGGAAACUGCGAGUGUGGAAAGUGUCGCUGUGAGGUCGGAUUUAGAGGGGAUGUUUGUGAUCGAUGCCAGCACUGCCCGGGUAUUUGUGAGAACAACAACAAUUGUGUGGAAUGUGUUGGAUUCAAUCAAGGUCCAUUCAACACAACGGACUGUAGCGAAAAAUGCCAGAACGUCGAAGUUGUAUCCCUUUUACAAGAUUCUGCUGGAGAAAACGAGACGUCAACAAGCUGUACUCUGCAGGACAAUUCCGGGUGUCUUAUUGAAUUCAAUGUUUAUGAUUCUGAUGGAGGACAAUAUGUGAAAGUCAAGUCUUGGAAACGCUGCCCUCCCGGACCUGCAGAUCCUCUCACGGUCGGACUAGGUCUGUCAGGCGCUAUAUUCCUUGUGGGGUUACUACUCCUUUUGAUCUGGAAGCUUCUGACGAUGUUAUAUGAUAAAAUGGAGUACUCCAAAUUUGAAUCAGAAAUCCAAAAUCCAGCUUGGGAAAAGUCCGAAAAUCCUAUUUACAAAGAGUGUGUAACUACGGUGCAAAAUCCUCUACAUGAUGCAGAAUGCAUUAAAGAUCCGGAGGGUUUGGUCAACAACGAGGAGGAAAAGAUCUUGAAAGACGCAUGAAAAGUUUGCUAUCCAUUUAAGUUUCGCUAAUUUCCAGUUCGCCUCGAGUUCUCAUUUGAUUCAACACACUAAGAAUUCAGAAAAAGGCAAUUGUGUGUCAGAAACUUAUCAGCUUGUUAAUAUUAUUUCGCCGAUAUAGAAUUAAAAAAGAUUUCAAUAAUCAUUCCUCGGUUUAGUUCACCUCAGAUGAAAUCUUUAAAAGUAAAAUAUACUGACUGAUACCUGUUCAAUGUUUGUUUGUCUUUCUUUCAUUUGUAAUGCUUUUAAAAUUGAAUUUUUCGCAAAAUAACUGACAACAUAUUAUUAUCAUCUGUCGUUGUAUUGUAUAUGUACUGACAACAUAUUAACAUCUGGCAUUGUAUUGUAUAUGAACUGACAACAUUUUAACAUCUGGCGUUGUAUUGUACAGUGUAUAUGAACUGACAACAUAUUAACAUCUGACGUUGUAUUGUAUAUGCACUGACAACAUAUUAUCAUCUGUCAUUGUAUUGUAUAUGUACUGACGACCUGUUAUCAUCUGUCGUUGUAUUGUAUAUGAACUGACACCCUAUUAUCAUCUGUCAUUGUAUUGUAUAUGUACUGACAACCUUUUAUCAUCUGUUCAUAUACAAUACAAUAUUCUGGCAUUGUAUUGUAUAUGAACUGACAACAUUUUAACAUCUGGCGUUGUAUUGUAUAUGAACUGACAACAUAUUAACAUCUGACGUUGUAUUGUAUAUGAACUGACAACAUUUUAACAUCUGGCGUUGUAUUGUAUAUGAACUGACAACAUAUUAACAUCUGACGUUGUAUUGUAUAUGCACUGACAACAUAUUAUCAUCUGCCGUUGUAUUGUAUAUGAACUGACACCCUAUUAUCAUCUGUCGUUGUAUUGUAUAUGUACUGACAACCUUUUAUCAUCUGUCGUUGUAUUGUAUAUGUACUGACAACCCUUUUAUCAUCUGUCGUUGUAUUGUAUAUGUACUGACAACAUAUUAACAUUUGUCGUUGUAUUUUGUUGCUGAAAACGUCACUGGUAGUGUUUGUUUUUCUCCUAGUUAGUUAUAGAAUAAUGAAUUAGUGUAGCGUGACGAUCAUUAUGAAUGGUAUGUCAUCCAAUUUUAAAAGUUAUAACGUUGGAACACGACAAGGUGAAUAUUUGUCUCCACUUUUGUUUUCUCUUUGAAUUAAUGAUCUAGAAAUGGUUUUUUUUGGAUAAAAACAUUUUGGGACUCUAAAAGCAUUACUACUUCCAUAGAAAAUGAAUUUGUUGUGUACACGAAAUUGUUUAUCUUGUUUUAUGCUGAUGAUACUGUGAUCAUGGUUGAGACUGCCGGUGAUCUCCAAAAUGCAUUAAAGAAAUUUUACUCUAGUCAA